UGCCUUCGCUCGUCCGGCUUCUCCAUCGCCCUUCCGUGCGCCUCCAUCACCGCCGCGUCUGGGCGCUCGCUUCCAACCGCCGCCUCUGCUUCCCUCGCGGGUGUUUUGUUCUCCCCCUCGGUAUAAGGAUAAAUAGUAUGAUUAUUAGGUGUCGUCUUUCAGACCGUCCUUCUAUGGAAAGUAAAGGGACUCAGACUGUGGUGGUCCUGAGCAAUUUCGACGAACGGGACACCUUUAGAGAAUCCUGAUUGACCUGCCAGCAUCCUGAAAUACUUGAAUAAGACAGGGGCAGAGUUCAUUGGUCUUGUCCACUUCCUACAUCUGCACCCAGCAGCGACCCUCGCUGCUUCCUUCAUCUCCUCCGAGAAAAACAGGCGUGAGGCUGGUUUAAGAUGGUUGGAUUCAAGCCCACCGACGUCCCUCCGACGGCUGCUGUGAAGUUCGUUGGAGCCGGGACGGCUGCCUGCAUUGCAGACCUGAUCACCUUUCCCCUGGACACGGCUAAAGUCAGGCUGCAGAUCCAAGGGGAGAAGAAGGUGGCUGUGGAAGCCAGGGCGGCCCAGUACAGAGGGGUCUUUGGCACCAUGGCGACGAUGGUGAAGAACGAGGGGCCCAGGAGCCUCUACAACGGGCUGGUGGCCGGCCUGCAGCGCCAAAUGAGCUUCGCCUCUGUCCGCAUCGGGCUGUACGAUUCGGUGAAGCAUUUCUACACCAAGGGCUCUGAGCAUGCUGGUAUUGGCAGCCGACUUCUCGCUGGCUGUACCACCGGAGCGAUGGCUGUUGCCGUGGCCCAGCCCACCGAUGUGGUCAAAGUGAGAUUCCAAGCCCAAGCCCGGACGGAGGGCGGCCGGCGGUACCAAGGGACCCUCGAUGCCUACAAGACCAUCGCGAGAGAGGAAGGGUUUCGAGGCCUCUGGAAAGGUACCUCCCCUAAUAUAACCCGGAAUGCGCUUGUGAAUUGUGCUGAGCUGGUGACCUACGACCUGAUCAAGGAUGCUCUGCUCAAGUACAACCUCAUGACAGACAACCUCCCCUGCCACUUCACCUCUGCGUUUGGAGCCGGAUUCUGCACGACUGUCAUCGCCUCCCCUGUCGACGUAGUGAAGACCAGAUACAUGAACUCUGCCCCCGGCCAAUACGGAAGUGCCGUGAAGUGUGCCCUCGCCAUGCUGCGGAAGGAGGGGCCCCUCGCCUUCUACAAAGGCUUCACUCCCUCGUUUUUGCGGCUGGGAUCCUGGAACGUGGUGAUGUUCGUGACCUACGAGCAGCUGAAGCGAGCCAUGAUGGCAGCCCGCGGAUCCCGGGAGGCCCCCUUCUGAGCUAGCGGGUGGGCGCAUUUCACAGAUCCCGCACAUAAGCGCGCACAACGGAUCCUCAAUCUGGAUCUCUCCCUCGGCAGAACCUUCUCCCUAGUCUUUUCUCCCUUAUCGUUUUUUUAAAAAACUACUCCCGUCUUAGCAUUUAUGUGGCUUCCAUUUCAUUAACAAACAGAAAGCUCCUGGCUGCUUUUAAAAAGUGAUUUGUUCUUAACGUGUUAUGGUCCGGUCUACCUUUCUCCUUUCAACUGCGGGACACGAGUGCUUUAUUAAGCUCUGAGGAAUUUAGACCACAGGGGCCCAACUUGCAAGAGGGCUCCCGUUCCCCUUUUCUAUCUCUAACAUCGGCACACAGGUAUAAAUUUGUGCUUUAGAUAUACCAGGCAUCCCCAAACUGCGGCCCUCCAUAUGUUUUGGCCUACAACUCCCAUGAUCCCUAGCUAACAGGACCCAGUGGUCAGGGAUGAUUGGAAUUGUAGUCCAAAACAUCUGGAGGGCCGAAGUUUGGGGGUGCGUGAGAUAUACGAUACUAGAUAACGUCAGUUACCCCCAUUACCUUUUUCCACAAGCAGAGGUGCUUGGAAUGAUUCACAAGUGACUAGUCCAGCCUUGACCCAGCCUGGCUUGGGUCCUGAUGGGAGUUGUAGUCCAAAACAAAUGGAGUGCACCAGGUUGGGGCAAGGCUGUGCUUGCUGCUUGUGAGUUGCUCUGACCAAGCAAGGCGAGAUUCGGGCCAGAUUCCUGCCUAUUAAUUUAUAAAGUGCUGGCGAUUCGCAAGCAGAGUUUGGGCUGCCUAGCAGUAGCAAUCCUCCCGUGCUUUUGCAUUUUAAUAACUUUUUUUUCUUUAAAAAAGUGGCUUAUUCCGUGCAAGGAUUGCUUCGUCUUUGAGCCCCACAAGGGGAGGAAGAAACCCUCCCUGCUGUACAGUGUCUCCCCACUUUAUAGGGAGUCGGCAAGGGACGUUAACUUGCAUGCACACAAACAACUGCAACUGCUUUGUCCCUCUUGAGUCUAGGUCAGUUUCGGGCAAACUGGGUUUUGUUUGGAAACUGCUACGCAUCUUGCAAGGCCGUCGGCAUAAGCCUAUAGCUCCAGUUAAUUGUGCUGCUGUCCCAUUGGGCAGCUUAAAGAGAGAGAAAAAUAGCACACCUUUCCUAGGCUCCCCCCAAAAGUCUGGGUUUUUAAAAAAAUAAUUUUUAGGCUUGCCUGUUUGCGACUUGGAGAAGCCUCCUGGCCAGCGGUUCUGGAGACACAAAGGAGGCUGAGGACGCCAUGCCCUUUCCCUCUCAUGCUCUUUCUUGGUAGGGCGAAAGGAAUGUCUCCUUGGCAUCAAGCUUGGUGGCAGGAGAUGCCGGCUGGUGGAGAGGGAAUCUGGGGUCCUCACCCUCCGGGAAACAGGAAACCUUUUCUGGUCCCUGUCCACCACUCCAGGUGGUCCUUGCAGUCUGCAUUCUGUUCCGGGAAGCGACUCUCUCCUUUAGGAUUUUCUGCAGAGCUUAAUAAAAGACCUUGUGUCUCGGUUAAUGGUGCACAACUUUAAAAACUUUCCAAGUAGAGAAAAAAAUGCAUGGCGAGACUUCUCUUCUUGUGUGUUUUAACAUUUCGGUGGGGCUGUUUGUGAUGGUGGAAAGUGGCGGUGGAUUUUAUUCUCCUUUAAAAGCACAUUUUGUGUUGUGCAUGUCUCGUUUUUUAAAAAUAAAGCUAAAGUACAAAGCU